AUGGCCGCGCCAAAGGUGCUCAUUCUCGGCGGCGUCAAUGGGCAGCUCAAGGCCGCCUUUGGAAAAAUAGCAGCUCUCCAAACCAAGAACAACUUUUCCCUUUUGCUCAUUACGGGCAAUUUGUUCGGCGAAGACGACGACGACGAUGUGACGGCUCUUCUCAACGGCGAGAUCAGUGUCGCCCUGCCGACCUAUUUUACAGUGGGCACGACCGCGCUACCGCCGCGAAUAUGUCAAAAGGUCGAAGCGGACGAAGAAAUAUGCGAGAAUCUUCAUUUCCUGGGGAAACGGAGCGUGACGAAAACCUCGGAAGGCGUUCGCAUCGUUGCCCUGGGCGGGGUACUCGACGAAACGAUUGUUGCCGGGCUCUCCACCGAACAACACCUUCCCCUUCACACAGCGCAAGAUGCCACGAGCUUGAAGGGAGCUCAGUCCGCAGAUAUCCUCCUGACCACGAUGUGGCCCCAGGGAAUCAUGAAGGGAACCAAGGUACCGCUAGGGACAGGCCACGCCCCGGACGAGGAUCCAGGGAGAUUGCUGCGCUUUGCACAGCACUGA